ACUAGAGCAUCGUAGGAACCCUAGGCAGCAGUCUCGCGUAUGCGGGUUGAUGUUUCUCUUGCCAUUGAGAACUCUGGAACUUGAGGGUGAUCGGUUGAUGUCUCGAGGGGAAGGAGCAGGCUUGGUUGUUGGCGGAAGAAGAGGAAUUAUGGGCAGCGGCUAUGAAAUCUUUCGACUGCUUUUGGUUGGCACCUUUCUCAUGGAAGAGCCUCGCGGCACCUAUAUAGCAGAGAUCGCGAACAAGGCCAAGACAGGCGAGUCGCGACCGGACGGGGAUGAGGUAGACCCGACGCAAGAAAGAUUGGAAAAGUUUAUUGGGCAGUGCAACGCUUAGGAGAUCAGGACUGAGAAUGACAAAGUGGUACUUGAUGAGGAGGAACCUGCGGACCGCAUGGAACAAUCACUUUCAGGGGCUCGUCCCCUCCCGAGCCGCCAACAUGGAGUGCAAGAGAGUCUAGGAUUUGGAGAAGAUGAUUAGACUUUGUUUUAAUUCUGUUUUAUUUUGUUUGUGUUUUUCUUUCGAAUUGCAUGUUGUUUUGGGUUCCUAGCAGAAAGAUUCUAGAGUUUAAGUCAUGUGAUGAGAUGGUUUACCUAUCAUUGGCUCAAUUAAGAUCAUUACAGG